CGGAAAGAUGGAUUCUACACAUCCUCAACGUACUUCGUCUUCGUGAAUUUAUUAUUUCUUCUGCUGAAAUAGUAGUGUAAUUGUUUAGGAAUAAAUUAUUCAUGUCACAAUUAUUUAUUAACAAAAUUAUUUGAUAGUCUUCCAUACUCAUUAAGAGUUUUUCAUUAUGUCCCUUAAGGUAAGGAUAUGGUAUUGAAAAAUAUCGAAAAAUAUGUCUAUUUUCACUGUUUUAGUGGACUUCCACUGGCCACUGUGAUUAAUUUUCUUCUUCCCUUGCCGUGGCCGUAGGGACCAUCGAGCUAUAUUUUUAAUUUAAUUGACCUAGCCGCUAGCCCAGCCAAUCCUACUAAUCACUAACUCUGGCUACUUAGGCUACUUAAUUUUUCGUUACCCUCUUGGAAGUUGCCAACUGUUAAUUUUGGGCACAACAAAAAGAAAAUGAAAAUGCACAAAAAUACUAAAAUCAUUUUAUAACUAAAUUUUUUAUUUAGCAUUUAGAUAAAAAAAUUAGUGUUGCUGGUUGGUAACAGUUUUCAUUUUUCUAUUACCAACUUACCAUAAUAUUUUAAUAAAUAUUUAUGUCAUCAUCAUAGCGACUCCAUCCUAGUCUGCCUUCAAUUAAGCAAAUUUUUUCACCUAUUAAAUUUAAAUAAUUAAGUUAAAAAUUGUACAAAUAAUUAUAGGUAAAAAAGAUGUACUGGUUUUGUACAUUCACUUUUCAUUCCUCCCCAAUGGGUAGAGCACAAAAAGAAAUAAAUGAAUGGGUAGAGCACAUUAUGUAAAAAAGAUGUACUGGUUUGUACAUUCAAUUUUCAUUCCUCCCCAAUGGCAAGAGCACAUUAUUAUAUAAAAUGAGAAUAUUAUCCUUAUUUUAAACACCCAGACCGGGCUCUUUUUUUUCUGGGUUCGGGUAUAUGCCUAGUGUGCUAAUACUCACAUUUCCAGGUAUUCCGGUCAGUACCGGGCUCAGCCUUAAGGUAAAGGCUUGGUUGUUGCCUAAUUGGUUGUUGUAACAUCACUAGUUGUAGUUGCAGGGUCUAGUCUAACUGUUGGCCUAAGUUUGUUUGAGUGGACAUUUUUUCGAAUUAUAAAAAUAUCAUAGUUAUUGUUGAAUUGAGUGAAAUAGAAAUACAACAAACUUAAAAGAAUACUUUCGAUAAGUAUUGCUAUCAUUAUAAAUUGUUUAUUUAUAGCCUAUCUCAGUGUGAGUGGUUGGCAAAUUGCGGCUCGCGAGCUGCAUGUGGCACAAAUUGAUUUUGACUCCAAAAAACUUGGUUCUUGACAGGUUCUUGAAAAGAAAUUUGGCUCUCAAAAAUUUUUAAUCGCCCUGCUGCUGAUUUUUGGCUCUUUUGACUAAUGAGUUUGCCGCCCACUGGCCUAUCUAAUUGACAGUUUUAAAAAAUAAAAAUGUUUCCAUUUCAACAAAUCUUCAUCGAACAAAUUUUAUCUUGGCGAAAUUUCUCAUUGAAAAACUUUCCUCUGUACAAAAUGGUUUCAUAUGAAUUUCUGUAUAGGAUCUGAGUUGCAAGACUGCUUUUCUUUGACAUUGACAAAAAACAUAAUCAACUUGUUUUUCUUGAUCUUUUAGAAAGAGACCCCAUCUGAUCAACAAAUGCAUCUUGCUGCCCUCCAGGGUAACCUAGAACAACUGAAAAGGGUUCUAGACUCUGGACGUGUACAUGUGGAUUGUAAAGACAAGGUAAGAUAAAAUCUCAGCUGUUCGUGUGGCUAAGAAUAUGUAGAAUUAUAUGUGGAGCAUAAUAGAGUGAAUUACAUGAUGUACUGAGUGGACUAUCAUAAAGUGGUUCAAAUUAUGUACUGAGUGGACUAUCAUAAAGUGGUUGAAAAGAUGAACUGAGUGGCUUACAUAGAGUGGUUGAAAUGCUGGAUUGUUUCUCUAUAUUAGUGUGUUUUUAUGUUGUAGUGGAUUUACUAUUUGUCAAGGUUGACUUGAUGUAUUAUUACUGUGUCCAUUCACUGACAUUACUGUGUCCAUUCACUGACAGUAUUACUGUGUCCAUUCACUGACAUUAUUACUGUGUCCAUUCAUUGACAUUAUUACUGUGUCCAUUCACUUACAUUAUUACUGUGUCCAUUCUGGGACAUUGUUACUGUGCCCAUUCACCGACAUUGUUACUGUGCCCAUUCACCAACAUUAUAUAUUAAUGGUUAUAUUUUUGUAAGUAAUGCUGAAUAUUAAUUUGAAUAACAUAUGUAAAGGUCAAAUAGAUGUGCUCUUAACUAGCUCUCCGCUCUCCUUUAAAUUAACAUGUUAUCAAAGGUGCAAUAGCACAGUGAUCAUUCAAUGAACAUUUUAAAAGUGGUGCACUUACACACUGAGCAUUUAAUGAACAUAUUAUCAAGGGUACACUUACACAUUGAGCAUUGAAGGAACAUAUUCUCAGGAGUGCACUUGCACAUUGAGCAUUUAAUUAACAUAUUAUCAAGGGUACACUUACACAUUGAGCAUUGAAGGAACAUAUUCUCAGGAGUGCACUUGCACAUUGAGCAUUUAAUUAUCAUAUUAUCAAGGGUACACUUACACAUUGAGCAUGGAAUGAACAUAUUCUCAGGAGUGCACUUGCACAUUGAGCAUUCAAUGAACAUAUUCUCAGGAGUGCACUUGCACAUUGAGCUCAAUGAACAUAUCCGCAGGAGUGUAUUUGUACAUUGAGCAUUGAAGGAACAUAUUAUCAGGAGUGUACUUACACAUUGAGCAUUCAAGGAACAUAUUAUCAGGAGUGUACUUGCACAUUGAGCAUUCAAUGAACAUAUUAUCAGGAGUGCACUUGCACAUUGAGCAUUCAAUGAACAUAUUAUCAGGAGUGGACUUGUACAUUGAGCAUUUAAUGAACAUAUUAUCAGGAGUGCACUUACACAUUGAACACUCAACUGUUUUAUCAGUCAGGGUUGCAGUUUGUCAACUCAAAACUGUUUAUAGUAGCAUUGUGAACAAGCUACGAGCCCCUUUAAAUCUUGGUGUAAUAGCGAAAGAAAUGAUUGCUUCGGCGGCCAGACGAGUUCAUUAGUCCAGACCAAUCAUUUAAAUAUUUAGAAUGAUUUGAAAGUAACAUUGAAAAAGGAACCGCCAACUGGUUUAGUUGAAGGCCUAGACCACCAAGCGUUUCAUUCACUUCAGUUUGGUUCCUGUUGUUGGUAUCCAGGCAGGCUUUGAAGAUGCAGCCAACCUUUUAUCCCUAAUGUCUGCUUUUUAUCUGAGGUUUCUCACCCCAAUCCUGUCUGUUUUCUUGGUUAAUCCAGGAUAUUUUUUUUUUAAUAUGACCCUUGUGCGUAUUUGUUGGGGGAGGGGGGGGGGGGGUAAUUCGGUGUCUUUUUUUAUGGGGAUAAUUCUAUUUUAUCUUAAUCCCAAUCCUGUCUGUUUUCUUGGUUAAUCCAGGAUAUUUUUUUUUUAAUAUGACCCUUGUGCGUAUUUGUUGGGGGAGGGGGGGGGGGAUAAUUCGGUGUCUUUUAUUAUGGGGAUAAUUCUAUUUCAUCUUAAAACUCUGCUCAAUAAUGACGUCAGGCUAGAAAUCUGACACCACCGUAGAUCCCUCCCAUUUGUAUCACAAGUCCCACACGUUGAUGUCAAGCAAAGUUGUGCUGUGUACUGAAUCUGUGGUAGUUCGUGUGUUUCUGGCUGGGUGGCAAAGUCUUCGGAUGGCUAAUUGACCUACCUCCCGUCAAACUAUCGAGCUGAAACAUGGCUCGUAGACGCGUUGCCGACGACGUCACAUUCUGUUAAAUUUCAGCCCGAACUUCCAAAAAUCAGCUUUUCCUGUUUUUCAAGGGGAAAAUGAAGGAAAUGCGAUGACACUGGUUUUUGGAAAUAAAAUUCCCGAAACUGCGCUACAUUACAUGAGAUAUUUUUUUUUUUUAAAUUCGCAAGUGCGUUUCGAGCGUAAUAUUUUCUUUUGUUUUGUUUUUUCUGAAAUGGUUGGUGAAAUAAAUCUGCUGUGUAACAGCGGGUGGGUCAUCAAAAUAGUGAUAUAAAAUAAAAACAAUAAAAAAUGCAUGUAAACGAUUUAUAGGAAAAUCUUCUGUGUGUAAGAGUUGUUUAUUUUUCUUUGUUUCAAUUAAUUCACAUGAAGGAGAGGGACGAGUUGUGCAACACUAGAUUUAAUUGUUAUUCACAUGAAGUAGAGGGACGAGUUGUGCAACACUAGAUUUAAUUGUUAUUCACAUGAAGUAGAGGGACGAGUUGUGCAACACUAGAUUUAAUUGUUAUUCACAUGAAGUAGAGGGACGAAAGUAGAGGGACGAGUUGUGCAACACUAGAUUUAAUUGUUAUUCACAUGAAGUAGAGGGAUGAGUUGUGCAACACUAGAUUUGUUAUUCACACGAAAUAGAGGGAUGAGUUGUGCAACAUCAGAUUUAAUUGUUAUUCAGAUGAAGUAGAGGGAUGAGUUGUGCAAAACUAGAUUUAAUUGUUAUUCACAUGAAGUAGAGGGACGAGUUGUGCAACACUAGAUUUGUUAUUCACACGAAAUAGAGGGAUGAGUUGUGCAACAUCAGAUUUAAUUGAAACAAAAUGGGCAGAAAUAAAAAUAAUCUAAAAUUGGACGGGUCUUUUUCUCGAGUGUGACCUGGGUUCGGUUCCGCGUGUUGAUGAUGUGCCAAGAUAACCCCCAAAUUUACCUGAGUUCACACCUGUUUAUUGUUUCAUGUGUCGAUGAUCUGCCACUGUUUUCACAUGACGUUAUUAUACAGUGGGAGAUUUUUCUCUCGAGGGAUCGGCCUGUCUCUGCUUCGCCUUGUGAGUGUCUCUCCGUGGUCUAACACUGCCCUGUGGCGGUCCGUCCGUGGUCUAACGCUGCCCCCUAGUUGUCCAGUCAUUGUCUAACACUGCCCAGUUAUUGUUUGGGCGUGGUCUAAUACUGCCCUCCCCAUGGUCUAACACUGCCCUGUGGCGGUCCGUCCGUGGUCUAACGCUGCCCCCUAGUUGUCCAGUCAUUGUCUAACACUGCCCAGUUAUUGUUUGGGCGUGGUCUAACACUGUCCUGCCCGUGGUCUAACACUGCCCUCCCCAAGGUCUAACACUGCCCUCCCCAUGGUCUAAAACUGCCCUACCCGUGGUCUAACACUGCCAUGUUCUAGAGCAUUUUAUAUAGUGCUACCAAAUGCUUUUACUCAGUUCAUUGUAGCUGGUGUAAAGUCAAAUUACGCCAUUGUUUUACUCACUGGGUCAGUGUCAAUGCACUGCGUGGAGGGGUGAUGGUGGGCUUGUGCUUCACGUCCAUAGUAUAAGUCAAUUGAAGGAAGCCUGAGCUUCACGUCCAUAGUAUAAGUCAAUUGAAGGAAGCCUGAGCUUCACGUCCAUAGUAUAAGUCAAUUGAAGGAAGCCUGAGCUUCACGUCCAUAGUAUAAGUCAAUUGAAGGAAGCCUGAGCUUCACGUACAUAGUAUAAGUCAAUUGAAGGAAGCCUGAGCUUCACGUCCAUAGUAUAAGUCAAUUGAAGGAAGCCUGAGCUUCACGUACAUAGCAUAAGUCAAUUGAUGGAAGCAGAGACGUUACCCCCUUUGUUCAAAACAUGCUGCUCCCGUGUCUUACGUGCAUCAAGUUCAAAGGUCACGUGAGUCACGACUUCCAUCAAAAUGUUGGCAAAGUUCAGCUCUUUUGACUCAACAUGGACCAGUUAUCACGGUCAAUUGCUCGAGUGUGUGAGGAAACAGUUGCCUGCAUGGUGUGUGAGUGUUGUCUGUAUGAGUGUGUGCAUGUGAGUAAACAGUUACCUGCGUGGUUUAUGAGUGUAGUUAUGUGGGUGUGUGUGCAUGUGAGGAAAGAUUUACCUGUGUGGUGUAUGAGUGUUGGUUGUGUGGGUGUGUGUGUAUGUAAGUAAACAGUUACCUGUGUGGUGUAUGAGUGUUGGUUGUGUGGGUGUGUGUGCAUGUGAGGAAAGAGUUGCCUGUGUGGUGUAUGAGUGUUGGUUGUGUGGGUGUGUGUGCAUGUGAGGAAACAGUUACCUGUGUGGUGUAUGAGUGUUGGUUGUGUGGGUGGGUGUGCAUGUGAGGAAACAGUUACCUGUGUGGUGUAUGAGUGUUGGUUGUGUGGGUGUGCAUGUAAGUAAACAGUUACCUGUGUGGUGUAUGAGUGUAGGUUGUGUGGGUGAGCUUGUGAGUAAACGGUUAGUUGCGGGUGCAUGUGUGUGGUGUAUAAUCGUAUGUUGUUGGACUGUAUGUUGUAUGGCCUUAUGGGUGUGUGCUUGUGUAGUGUUGGACUGUAUGUUGUAUGGCCUUAUGGGUGUGUGCUUGUGUAGUGUUGGACUGUAUGUUGUAUGGCCUUAUGGGUGUGUGCUUGUGUAGUGUUGGACUGUAUGUUGUAUGGCCUUAUGUUGUUGGACUGUAUGUUGUAUGGCCUUAUGGGUGUGUGCUUGUGUAGUGUUGGACUGUAUGUUGUAUGGCCUUAUGGGUGUGUGCUUGUGUAGUGUUGGACUGUAUGUUGUAUGGCCUUAUGUUGUUGGACUGUAUGUUGUAUGGCCUUAUGGGUGUGUGCUUGUGUAGUGUUGGACUGUAUGUUGUAUGGCCUUAUGGGUGUGUGCUUGUGUAGUGUUGGACUGUAUGUUGUAUGGCCUUAUGUUGUUGGACUGUAUGUUGUAUGGCCUUAUGGGUGUGUGCUUGUGUAGUGUUGGACUGUAUGUUGUAUGGCCCCUUAUGGGUGUGUGCUUGUGUAGUGUUGAAGAGUCUUCAGUGAUGCGCAUGAGUUCAGUUUAGGACACCUUAAUCUAAUUUAUUAAUAGAUUUCAGCCAUUCCUGGUAGAGCAGCGGUUCUCAUCCUCUGGGUGACCCUUUUCCUGAAUGUUCUGUAAAAUUAAGAAGGUUCCGCUUAGUAAACAUGUUGGGCAUGAAUCAGUCACCACCAUUACACAUUUAACCCCGCCCCCCAACACAACACGUAUCCACUUGAAUGUGCUCGACGUUCCAUCCGGCGACUGUUGAUAACGCAAGCAGUGCAUGUCAUUUCCCUCUUAGCACCUCGAGUCUUGAGUUGUUCGGUGCACCGUCUGAAGGUACCUGCAAACAGAAAGCCAUAUGUUGUUUGGAGUGCACAUGGGCUCCCAUUGGCUCCCAGCGUGCCAAGAUCUCAGUCAAUGGCCCGCAAACUACUAUCAAUGUCUGGCUCACUAUGGCAUACGUCUGGCGUUUGACUGAUGCUGAGGUCUGUAUUUACUUACUAUGCUGCACGGCUGGCUUUUGACUCUCUAUGACAUACGGUUGGUGUAUGUCGGUCAUACGGUUGGUGUAUGUCGGUCAUACGGUUGGUGUUUGUCGGUCAUACGGUUGGUGUAUGUCGGUCAUACGGUUGGUGUAUGUCGGUCAUACGGUUGGUGUAUGUCGGUCAUACGGUUGGUGUAUGUCGGUCAUACGGUUGGUGUAUGUCGGUCAUACGGUUGGUGUAUGUCGGUCAUACGGUUGGUGUAUGUCGGUCAUACGGUUGGUGUAUGUCGGUCAUACGGUUGGUGUAUGUCGGUCACCCUGCUACAACCGCCGCCCCCCUUCUGUCCCUUUGUGGUAGAUACAUACAUAGAUAUAUACACUUAUAUACUAUGGAAAUUAUGUAGACCUAUAGAUAUAUAGAUAUAUACACUUAUAUAUACUAUGGAAAUUAUGUAGACCUAUAGAUAUAUAGAUAGAUAUACACAUAUAUAUAUAAAGUGUUUUGUGGAAAUUAUAUAGGCCUAUAUAUAGUUUUAUGGAAUUUAUGUAGGCCUUUAUAUAUUGUUUCGUGGAAUAUAAAAAGGUCUCUAUAUAUUAUACUUUUUCCUGGAAUAUAAAGUGGUCUCUAUUUAAACUGUUUUGUGGAAAAUAAGGAGAUCUCUAUAUAUACCGUACUGUUUUGUGCAAUAUAUAGGCCUACACAAUCUGUUGUGUGGAAUACGAAGGCCUAUUUAUUAUGUUUUGUGGCAUAAAUAUAGGCCUAUAUAUAUAUACUUUUUUGUGACAUAUUACAUAUACUUAAGUAAGAUACUACAUGAUAAGAUCCUUACACUAAAGAUCUAUUAUCUAAAAGAUUGUCAAAAUAUGAAAAAUUAUAUUUAUGGACGCAACUUAACUACAUCUUAUUUUCAAUAAAUAAUACAAUUAUUGCCCUUUAAAUGACAUUAUCGCCCUUUAAAAUGACAUUACACCCUUUAAAAUGACAUUAUCGCCCUUUAAAAUGACAUCGCUUUUUAAAAUGGCAUUAUCACCCUUUAAAAUGACAUCGCUUUUUAAAAUGACAUUAUCACCCUAUAAAAUGGCAUUAUCACCCUUUAAAAUGACAUUAUCGCCCUUUAAAAUAACCUUUUAUUUUAAAAAAUCAUGUUCACAACCAUGGGACCAGUUUUAUGUUGUUUAACUUUGCAAAUAAAGCUAGCUGUCCUCUCCCACCUUGCUGUCCUCUACCACCUUGCUGUCCUCCACCGCCUUGCUGUCCUCUUCCAUUUUGCUGUCUUGACCGCCUUGCUGUCCUCUACCCUUUUGCUGUCCUCUACCCUCUUGCUGUCCUCUACAACCUUGCUGUCCUCCACCACCAUGCUGUCCUCUACCAUCUUGCUGUCUUGACCGCCUUGCUGUCCUCUACCCUCUUGCUGCCCUCUACCACCUUGCUGUCCUCUACGCUCUUGCUGCCCUCUACUGCCUUGCCACCCUCUACUGCCUUGCUUUUCUCUACCACCUUGCUGUCCUCUACCACCUUGCUGUCCUCUACCCUCUUGCUGCCCUCUACCGCCUUGCUGCCCUCUACCGCGUUGCUGUCCUCUACUGCCUUGCUCUCUUCCAAACGCCACAUAGGAAAUAUUUCUAUGGCGUAUCCAUACAGAGACUGGAAGUGCUAUUCCCCGUUAAAAGUAACAGCUGUCUGUUCCGGAAAUUGAGUAUUUAGAUUUACAACUCAUCAAUCACCGCGGACUCAGCUUCUACAUAUUUAAGAACGAAUAUCUUUUCAUAAUGAGACUUGCAAUGAGUCAACAUUUUAGGGUGAUCUGCCUUCCGUGUUAACAUUUUUUUUUUUCAAUUUUACCCUUGGAAAUAGUAAGACAAUGUAGCACGUGUUUAGUCCCGGUACCUCCUGACAGGACGGCGUUCACGUGGCAUGGCGGUCACGUGGUGAUGGCGGGUCACGUGGUGAUGGCGGGUCACGUGAUGGUGGUUGUCACGUGAUGGCGUCUGCUGUCGUUUGGGAGCCGCCACUGGAUACAAAACAAAAGUGGCGGUAGUGCUGCACUCGUGGACUGGACAUUAUGAAUCAGGUCUGCUAGAGCAGACUGUCCAGGCUUUAUAAGUCAAGGACUGGCGUCCACUAGGGAAGACUGUCCAGGCUUUAUAAGUCAUGGACUGGGGUCCACAAUGGUAGACUGUCCAGGCUUUUUAAGUCAAGGACUGGCGUCCACUAGGGCAGACUGUCCAGGCCUUAUAAGUCAAGGACUGGCGCCCACUAGGGAGACUGUCCAAGCUUUAUAAGUCAUGGACUGGGGUCCACAAUGGUAGACUGUCCAGGCUUUUUACGUCAAGGACUGGCGUCCACUAGGGCAGACUGUCCAGGCCUUAUAAGUCAAGGACUGGCGUCCACUAGGGAGACUGUCCAGGCUUUAUAAGUCAUGGACUGGGGUCCACUAGGGUAGACUGUCCAGGCUUUAUAAGUCAUGGACUGGGGUCCACUAGGGCAGUCUGUCCAGGCUUUAUAAGUCAUUGACUGGGGUCCACUAGGGUAGACUGUCCAGGCUUUAUAAGUCAUGGACUGGGGUCCACUAGAGCAGACUGUCCAGGCCUUAUAAGUCAUGGACUGGGGUCCUCUAGAACCGACUGUCCUGGCAUGUCUCUUGCGCUCUGCAGCCGCUGUUCUGCCGACUUCAUGUUGUAUGGAGCUCCCGUGCAAAGUAGAACGCCAUGAAGUUCGAUGCUUUGCUUGUUCCUCCCAAAUGUCUGGGUUUAUGUUGAACGCUUUCAGUGAGGCUUUUAGGUUGUCUUUAAAGUGCUUUUUUCUGUCCGCCAGCAGACCGCUUUCCUUGUUGAAGCUCACCAUAGAAAAUUAUUUUGGGAAGACGGUCAUCUGACAUUCUCAGCAUUCUCGCAUGGCGUUGGUAGACCGUCCAUAUACCUUCAGUUUAGUUUCAGUGUUGAUAGCUCUCCUGGUCCAUACGUUCUUAGUCAAUCUUCCAUAGGUUGCACUGGUCCUUGCAAUACGGAGGUUAACCUCGUCAUCGAUGGUUGUGCUUUGGGACAGUGUGCUGCCGAGAUAGGAAACGCCUUUCAGCACCUUAAGUCAUUCACUCUAAACUUGGAUGUUGGGCUCAACAGUAGGGCUUCGAGGAGCUGGUUGGUAUAUGACCUCAGUUUUAUUUGUAUUAAGGAUAAACUAAAGGAAAUAGAAGAUUUAUCAAGACAGGGAAAUAUAAGAGGGAUGUACAUGAAGAUAAAAGAUGAAAAGAAUGGAUACCAAGCCAGACCGCAAAUGUGUGAGAGCCACAAUGGAGAAUUAAUCACGGAAAAUAGUAAAGUAGUGGAGAGGUGGGCUGAAUAUUUUUAGGACAUACUAAAUGCAGACAAUAGACAAGAAGUAGAUUAUCAACCCCCACAGGGAGGACUAGACCCUUUUAUACAAUGCCCAACCCUAGAAGAAACCAAAGAGGUAAUUAAUUACAUGAAAAAUCACAAAGCCCCCGGACAAGACCUCAUCACAGCAGAACUGAUUAAAUAUGGAGGAAAAGAACUACACAAUCAGAUACAUAAACGUAUAACUAAAAUUUGGCAAGAAGAGAAAAUCCCAACAGAAUGGGGAAACAGCAUUAAUAACCCCAAUACACAAGAAUGGCUCCAAACCCACCAAACUGACAAGGCUGAUACAUGUAACACUAAACAACUCAUAAAGCAAAAUCAAGAUUCAAGGAGAAUAUUCAAGGGAAUUUCAUAUUAGACGAGACCUAAGACAGGGAGACUCACUGUCUUGUAUGCUCUUUAACCUAACAUUAGAGAGCGUUAUUAGAAACAUACACAUUGACACUCGAGGAACGAUAACAGGAUACUUUCUGAGGGAAACUCAAGACCCACAACCAACGGGCACACUCUACAACCAACCACUUCAGUAUCUUGCAUAUGCUGACGACAUAGCACUUCUAGGGAAAAGUAUUAAAGACAUAUCAAAAUCCUUUAUUGAAUUAGAAGACGCAUCUCUACAAGCAGGGCUGGAAGUUAACAACCAAAAAAACAAAAUACAUGACCAUGAUAAGAGAAGAACAAACAGAUGAAGCCAUUAAAAUUAGAAACCAAACUUUUGAAAAAGUAAAUCAAUUUAAAUACCUAGGAUCCUUGUUAAAUGAAAGAAACGAAUUACUAACAGAAAUAAAAGAAAGAAUAUCAGCCUGAAACAGGGCAGACGUCAGUAGUCAGCAAAUACUCAAAAGUAAAAACAUGACAAGAGAAACAAAGAAAACUAUUUAUAAAACUGUAAUCAGACCAGUUGUAACAUAUGCAAAUGAAACUUGGACCCUAACAAAAACAGCAGAAAACCUAUUAAACACAUGGGAGAGAAAAGCUCUCAGGAAAAUAUAUGGGCCAACAAAGGAUGAAUUUGGAUGGAGAAUACGAACCAACCAGGAAUUGUACAGUCUAUAUCAGGAUCCCACGAUAGUGGCAGAAAUAAAAAGGGGCAGGCUACGCUGGGCAGGACACCUAGAGAGAAUGCCGAAUGACAGAGGAACGAAGAGAGUGCAUCACCAAUACCCCAGAGGAAAAAUGCUCAAAGGCAGACCUAGGCUUAGGUGGAUAGAUGAUGUUGAAAAAGAUCUACAACAGCUGAAAGUCCAAGCAUGGAAAAGAAAGGCAUUAGUUAGGUCUGAGUGGAAGGAAGUGAUGAGGCAGGCCAAAGCCCUACAUGGGCUGUAGCGCCACAGGGAUGGAUGGUCUGAGCGGAAGGAAGUAGUGAGGCAGGCCAAAGCCCUGCAUGGGCUGUAGCGCCACAGGGAUGGAUUUAUUGGUAUUCAUGGUGAGCCCGAAGUUUGUACAGGCAUUGGAACAGUUUGUGACGCAGCGUUGCAUAUCCACUUCUGAUACAGCGUUUAGGGCACAGUCGUCUGCAUACAGGAGGUCCCGGAUGGUGUCUGUCAGGACCUUCGUUUUGGCAUGUAGCCUCUAGGGGUUGAAUAGAUGACCUUGACAUGUUGUAUGGCAUAAAGAGACCACCUACCAAUGAGGCCCUUUCACCUUGAAAACAUGUUGUAUGGCAUUUCUGAUUACUGAACAUAUGACGCUCUGUCUGCCUACGUCACCAAGGCUUGACCUGUUUCUAGGAUGUGGGUCGGAGGGUAACAGUUGGUUUGACCUUUCACGCCUCGACUGUUUGGGUACCAAAUCUAUGCUGCCCUGGCACAUUUCCUGGCGUUGAUGGGGGCAGGUGCAGACACAGGAAUAAGCGCUUGUGUGGGGCGGGCUUCUGUUAUGACUUGUACGCUCAAUAGUAUCAGGGAAGCUAAUAUGACCUACCCUGUAGAUCUACAAGAGUUAUUGUGACAUGGGCCGUGAUGGAGGAUAGUGUUCAUGCACGUGACCUAUAAGCGCGUGGGAACAAAUACAAGCACGUGUGUCGGGGCAGCUUGUUUACUCGUGCUGUGUGAGUUCUACAACGAAUUAGUGAGUGCCUGCUGGAAGCUCAGUUCGUGCUCUUUCUGGGACUUGUUGAAUGUCAAAAGUGGGCGGGGGGGGGGAGGGAGAGGGUUGAGGAGAGCACACACGUGACAGAGCUGAACGUCAGUUAACUGGUUGAUUGUUGUCAAAAAGUUUGGUCUUCGGUAAAUCCAAAAGAUUUAUUUUCAGCGUAAAUUGUCAAUUUGUGUGACCUAUUUCAUCAAGUCAAGUCUGUAUUGAUAUCAUGUUACGUUCAGAACUGUGCCAGCGUCAUGCUACUUUAAUUAGUAAAAGUAAUGGUCGAGAAGGAAUACUUUUUCCGUCGUGGAGACACCAAUUUCCAGCAACACAUGCCCAACAUAUCCACUGUUGACAAACUCACGUCAUUUCCAGCAACACAUGCCCAACAUAUCCUUUGUUGACAAACUCACGUCAUUUCCAACAACACAUGCCCAACAUAUCCACUGUUGACAAACUCACGUCAUUUCCAACAACACAUGCCCAACAUAUCCACUGUUGACAAACUCACGUCAUUUCCAACAACACAUGCCCAACAUAUCCACUGUUGACAAACUCACGUCAUUUCCAACAACACAUGCCCAGCAUAUCAACUGUUGACAAACUCACGUCAUUUCCAACAACACAUGUCCAACAUAUCCACUGUUGACUUGACCAACACACGUUCAAGAUGCAGGAGUUUCGAUGCUGCAUAUUGUUGCGCUUAUGUUAUACCUGGGGACUACGUACCCUCCACCCCCAGGGACAACGUACCAUUCACCCCCAGGGACAACGUACCCUCCACCCCCAGGGACUACGUAUCAUCCACCCAAAGGGGCAACGUACCAUUCACCCCCAGGGACUACGUACCCUCCACCCCCAGGGACAACGUACCCUCCAUCCCCAGGGACAACGUACCCUCCACCCCCAGGGACAUCGUACCCUCCACCCCCAGGGACAACGUACCCUCCACCCCCAGUGACAACGUACCCUCCACCCCCAGGGACUACGUACCCUCCACCCCAAUGAUUCAACAUCAAUCGAGAGUUUCAAGGCCGCCCUGGCACCCGCUAGGAUAGCGGCAUCACUUCCCCAACCGUUGCACAUACGCCAGUUCAUAGAUGCAGCAACGUAACCUAUCAGAACCAGAAACAAUUGCUAAAAAAUCCAUCAGUAAAAUUCUCUGGGAAUGCACGGUGUGAUGCUGAGUUCAGUUGCGUGCAAAAUAAAAUGCGCGUUAACUGUGCUAAAAAGUGCGUUUUUUGUUUGUUUGUUUGUUGUUGUUUUUUGCGUACUAUUAUUGUCUUUUGUUUUGCAGAAAUAGUUCCUAUUAAACACGGUGUAUAGUAUACUACAUGGGCGGAGUUACUUGGGGUGCUACAUUAUAAUAUAAAUAAAGUUCUGGGGCGUGAAAAAUUUGCUGUGGCGUACCUGGGGGUGGGUGGGGGGUGCCAUUCGGGAUUCUUAUUUUGUGCAUUACUUGAAUGCUUUUUUUUGUCAAACGACUUUAAUAGAUGGGAAGUUCACGCAUUGCCGCCACCAUGGUUUGGCGGGAUCCUACUGGUAUGCAUACAUUUAAGGAAAUAACCCCCAGUGCAUGCUACCGUCCUAAGCUGACCCCUUUAUGCACACAACUGAUCCAUUGGAGAUUUUUUUUGUUGUUUAAAGUUGUGUUUACUUGCACAUGGCCAUCUAUUUAAUACGGGUCAAAGUUUAUUGGAGAUGUAUCUCUACCAUUAUUGAUUGUCUAGAGCCAAGUUUAUUGGAGAUUUAUCUCUACCAUUAUUGAUUGUCAGUUACACGUUGAAGUGUGUUUGACAGGAUGACAUGAUUCCGUGGAGGCGUCCAGUCCAGGUUUUACGACUAGAACUGGUUAUUUUACCCUUCUCAUUGUGUGUAUGUUUGUUCCACAGGAGGGGACUACACCACUUAUUCUGGCCGCUGCCAACAACCACCUACAGUGUGUCAAGGAACUGCUGGAGCAAGGGGCGGACCCCAACGCCAGGAGACUGGUAGGUCACACCCCUUGUCACACAGCUGGCCACUCGCGCUCUCCUGUGUUGGUGGCAACAGAAGUCAACGCUUUUCGACAAAAAUUCACCUUUUUAAAUAAAUAUAUAUCUAUUUUUAAAAUGCCAUACUUCAUAACUUCAAAGGACUAUAAAAUGUUAUAAAUGAAGUUUUUCUCUCGUUUGAUAGUCCCUAAACUACCAAAAAGUAACUAAACCACUGUAACAUCAGUUUCCCUUUAGCCUCAUACUAAACACAUGUGUUUUUGUUACCUACCGUACCAUUACUUAACAAAGGACUGAAAAUAAGUAUACAAAGAAAAUCGAUACCAAAGCUAGUGCUACUAACUAAUAUUUAAUGUAAUUAUACUAUUAAAUUUAUAUACAAAUACAAAAUCAAAUAUACAGAAACAAAACAAAAAACUAUAUCAACUGACAGCACGGCAAGAGGACAAGUACAAUCCUUGAAAGAUACAUAUAAUGACUUAAACACACACACAUAAGAAGUACAAUCUUGUUAGGAUAUUAUGUCAAAAUUGCAAAGAUCUCUCUCUCUCUCUCUUUCUCUCUCACUCUGGCUAGGAAAGCUGCAGAAUUAUUUAAACAGGGAGUAGGUUAGAAGUAGAAACCACCCAGAAAAGAAAUUCUAGAAAUGGUGUCACCUGAUAGCAUUCUUUAGAAGAAAUAGAGCGUACACAACCUUUUCCCAAUCAAGGGAAGGAUAGGUAAAAAGGAUUAGCGCUAAACAUUUCAUCUGUGACAUCAAUAAGUCAAUUUUAAAAAAGGUUAGGGUUAGGGUAAAGUUGAAUGCCACAGCUUGUGGUGACCAAAUACUAUGUAAACACACAGGCUGUAACACACAAGUUAUAACACAAGGCUGUAACUCACACAGGCCAUAACUUACACAGGCCAUAGCACACACACUGACCAUAACACACAUGCCAUAAAACACAGGUCAUAACAUGCAGGUCAUAACACACACAGGCCAUAACAUACACAGGCCAUAACAUACACAGGCCAAACACACACAGGCCAUAACACACACAGGCCAUAACACACACAGGCCAUAACACACAGGCCAUAACACACACAGGCCAUAACACACACAGGCCAUUACACACAAGCCAUAACACACACAGGCCAUAACACACACAGGCCAUAACACACAGACCAUAACAUACACACCAUAACACACACACGCUAUAACACACACAGACCAUACAACACAAAAACCAUAACACACACACGCAAUAACAUACACACACAAUAACACACACACANCACAGGCUAUAAAAUACACAGGUCAUAACACACACCCCAUAACACACAGGCCAUAACACACGCACGCUAUAAAACACACAGGCCAUAACACACACAGGCUAUAAGACACACACAGGCCAUAACACACACAGGCCAUAAAACACACAUGCCAUAACACACACAGGCCAUAACACACACAGGCCAUAACACACACUCAGGCCAUAACACACACACAGGCCAUAACACACACAUGCCAUAACACACACAGGCCAUAACACACACAGGCUGUAACAUGCACAGGCUGUAACAUACAGGCCAUAACACACACAGGCCGUAACUGGUUGCUUUCCAUACAUUUUAAGUGCCCAGUCGAUGGAAUAGUCUGAAUAAUUGGACCCACAAUUGUAAUAUCUGUCCGCAGACUGGCACCUGUGCCUUGUUCUUUGCUUGCCAAGGUGGCUUUCUUGAUGUGGUCAAAGAAUUACUGGAACACAACGCCAAUGUGGAUUUGGCAAGUUUUGUAAGUAUUCAUGGAUGGUUGGGACCUCUUAACAGAUAGAAUAUUAUCAUAGUUGUCAAUGUGACCUAACUUGUUUGUUUGUGAUGGACUAGCGUGGACAGAUGGUGUUAAAUAGCACAUCAAGUUGGACCCUGUCUCCCUACUUCGGUGGUUGAGACUUUUUCCCAAUGUUUUACCUCCCCAGGCAUAGCCGCCUUGCUGCACAACUGUACCAAUGGUGUAUGGCUGAGAACACUAUGAGAUCCAAUUUUAAACUGUUAACUGAUGGUGAUGAGACAGACAUUGUUACCAUCAUGGGGCAGCAAAAUUGUUCAAUUUUAACACUCCAUACGGUACUAAAAUAAUACCCAUGGAAUAGGGCCACACCAACCAAACGAGUGUGUGUGUGUGACAUGAUCAUUUUGUACAUGUUUAUUUGUACUGCUCCUUUAAACAGUUGAUGAAUCAGUUGAUGAAUCCGUUGAUGAAUUAGUUGAUGAAUUAGUAGAUGAAUCAGUAGAUGAAUCAGUUGAUGAAUUAGUUGAUGAAUUAGUUGAUGAAUCAGUAGAUGAAUCAGUUGAUGAAUCAGUUGAUCAAUCAGUUGAUGAAUCAGUUGAUGAAUUAGUUGAUGAAUUAGUUGAUGAAUCAGUAGAUGAAUCAGUUGAUGAAUUAGUUGAUGAAUCAGUUGAUGCUCCAGAUGAGAAUUUGUAGUUUCGCCACCUGCAACUUCCAACGACAAUGCACUGUUGUCUCCUGGAGACUGACGGAAGCAAAAACACCAAACAAACUACAAAAGUUUUAUUGAUCAUGAGCCCUGUUAUAAUCCCUGUUAUAAUCCCUGUUAUGAGCCCUGUUAUGAGCCCUGUUAUAAUCCCUGUUAUAAUCCCUGUUAUAAUCCCUGUUAUGAGCCCUGUUAUAAUCCCUGUUAUAAUCCCUGUUAUGAGCCCUGUUAUGAGCCCUGUUAUAAUCCCUGUUAUAAUCCCUGUUAUGAGCCCUGUUAUAAUCCCUGUUAUAAUCCCUGUUAUGAGCCCUGUUAUGAGCCCUGUUUGUAAUAAGUAUGUGAAGCAAGUGGUAUCCCCUGCAAUGUACUCUGUAGGGCUCAACUGAUCAGACCAAGUACUCUGUAGGGCUCAACUGAUCAGGCCAAGGGACCUAGGUGUAUGUUUACAUUCUUAUAAUGUUGUUAAAAGAUUUGAUUGUGAAGGUAACGAUUGUUUCAGGAUGGUGGCACGCCCCUGUUUGUAGCUUGUCAGUGCAAUCAUCAGGACGUUGUGGCGGAGUUACUUGCCCGCGGCGGGGACAUUCAUGCUCAGAUGAUUGACGGUGCAACACCGCUUUUUAUAACGGCCCAGAACGGGCACGCGGAUCUCUUAAAAUAUUUGAUAUCCAAGGGAGCUGACCCUAACAUGACAAGAAAGGUAAGGAUUAAGUAGACUGUAAUGUAAUGUAAGUGAUUAAAUAUUGAAUGACUUUAAAAAGAGUUUUGUUGUUGUAAUGUAAGUGAUUAAAUAUUGAAUGACUUUAAAAAGAGUUUUGUUGUCGUAAUGUAAUGUAAGUGAUUAAAUAUUGAAUGACUUUAAAAAGAGUUUUGUUCUUGACUCAGAACUGGUGUAAUUUCUUAGGUUAAGUUUUUAAAUAAGAAAGUUUUUUUUCAAUUAUGAAAUAUAGGAUGCUUUUGUGUGUAACAAACUUUGUACUUCUGAUCUGUGUACUUCUGAUCUGUGUACUUCUGAUCUGGGUACUUCUGAUCUGGGUACUUCUGAUCUGUGUACUUCUGAUCUGUGUUUCUUCUGAUCUAUGUACUUCUGAUCUGUGUACUUCUGAUCUGGGUACUUCUGAUAUGUGUACUUCUGAUCUGGGUACUUCUGAUCUGUGUACUUCUGAUCUGUGUACUUCUGAUCUGUGUACUUCUGACCUGUGUACUUCUGAUCUGGGUACUUCUGAUCUGUGUACUUCUGAUUUGUGUACUUCUGAUCUGGGUACUUCUGAUCUGUGUACUUCUGAUCUGUGUACUUCUGAUUUGUGUACUUCUGAUCUGGGUACUUCUGAUCUGUGUUUCUUCUGAUCUGUGUACUUCUGAUCUGUGUACUUCUGAUCUGUGUACUUCUGAUUUUUGUACUUCUGAUCUGGGUACUUCUGAUCUGUGUUUCUUCUGAUCUAUGUACUUCUGAUCUGUGUUGUGGGGGGGGGGGGGUGAGCAAAUUCUGGCUAUAAACCCAAUGACUCAGAUAUUUUGUUUCAAAUGAUUUCUAGGAUUUGGCCAGUCCACUGUGGAUAGCUGCUCAGAUGGGUCACACAGAUGUUGUAAGGGAGUUGCUGCUGGCAGGGGCUGAUGUUGAUGCUAUGAGAGAGGUUGGUAAAUUGGCUGUGAUGGCAAGUCCAUUUCAAUUGUAAUCAAAAUGUUCGUUUCCGUAGAUGGAAUGCCCAACUUUAUAACAGCCACUGUAUCCAUUCCUAGUGGGUUAUUACCUGACCCAAGCUGAAAUAAGUGUCACCAUGCAACAACUGACAGAAUAGAUGUGUACAGUGCACUGCACAUGUUGACCAAAAGUUUUGAUAGAUGUGUACAGUGCACUGCACAUGUUGACCUUCAGUUUUGAUAGAUGUGUACAGCACACUACACAUGUUGACCAACAGUUUUGAUAGAUGUGUACAGUGCACUGCACAUGUUGACCAACAGUUUUGAUAGAUGUGUACUGCACACUACACAUGUUGACCAACAGUUUUGUUUCCUCUAUCAGGAUGGGGCUACGCCAUUGUUCAAGGCAUGCCAUAAAGGUCACUUGGAUACAAUAGCUGAGAUACUUAAACACAAGCCAAAUCUGGGAGUACUUAAAGUGAGUCUUGAGUAUUUUAUCUUAAACACAAGCCAAAUCUGGGAGUACCUAAAGUGAGUCUUGAGUAUUUUAUCUUAAACACAAGCCAAAUCUGGGAGUAUCUAAAGUGAGUCUUGAGUAUUUUAUCUUAAACACAAGCCAAAUCUGGGAGUACCUAAAGUGAGUCUUGAGUAUUUUAUCUUAAACACAAGCCAAAUCUGGGAGUACUUAUAGUGAGUCUUGAGUAUUUUAUCUUAAACACAAGCCAAAUUUGGGAGUACCUAAAGUGAGUCCUAAGUAUUUUAUCUUAGUCAAAUCUGGGAAUACUUAGUCCCGUUUUUAUCCUAAUACACAAUCUAAAGUUUUGUGUUCUACUUUUCAAAAUAAUUUUUCCUCACCGUUGUCUUACAUGGAAAUCUUACAUGGCUGUAGUCCCAAAAUGUGUUUUGUUAAAGCCAAUUCUAUCCCUAUUACUUGACAGAAUGGUGAAACAGUAUUACAUGCUGCAGCUUUGUUUGGUCACUCUAAAGCUGUUCGUCUGUUGUUACAAUCAGGGGUUCAAGUCAAUAUCAAAAAUAAGGUAUACUGCUGAUUUCUUUGAUAGCCUUACCUCUGUCUUUAAUUUUCUUACUUCUGAUUUUUUUGAUUUCCUUCUUAUUUCUUUGAUAGCCUUACUUCUGAUUUCUUUGAUUGUCUUACUUCUGAUUUCUUUGAUUGUCUUACUUCUGAUUUCUUUGAUUGUCUUACUUCUGAUUUCUUUGAUAGCCUUACUUCUGAUUUCUUUGAUUGUCUUAUUUCUGAUUUCUUUGAUUGUCUUACUUCUAAAUUUCUUUGUCUUACUUCUGAUUUCUUUGAUUGUCUUACUUCUAAAUUUCUUUGUCUUACUUCUGAUUUCUUUACUUGUCUUACUUCUGAUUUCUUUGAUUGUCUUACUUCUGAUUUCUUUGGUUGUCUUACUUCUAAACUUCUUUGAUUGCCUUACUACUGAUUUCAUUGAUUGUCUUACUUCUGAUUUCUUUGAUUCUCUUACUUCUAAAUUUCUUUGUCUUACUUCUGAUUUGUUUGGUUGUCUUACUUCUAAACUUCUUUGAUUGCCUUACUAUUGAUUUCAUUUUUUGUCUUACUUCUGAUUUCUUUGAUUCUCUUACUUCUAAAUUUCUUUGUCUUACUUCUGAUUUCUUUGGUUGUCUUACUUCUAAACUUCUUUGAUUGCCUUACUACUGAUUUCAUUGAUUGUCUUACUUCUGAUUUCUUUGAUUCUCUUACUUCUAAAUUUCUUUGUCUUACUUCUGAUUUGUUUGGUUGAUGUACUUCUAAACUUCUUUGAUUUUCUUACUUCUGAUUUCUUUGAUUUUCUUACUUCUAAAUUUCUUUGUCUUACUUUUGAUUUCUUUGAUUGCAUUACUUCUGAUUUUUAGAUUGUCUUACUUCUGAUUUCUUUGACUACUAGACCAGGGUAGAACAAAUAAGAGGAAACUGGAACAAAUUCAAUAAAAUAACUUGAACAAACCUAACUGAUAUCAUUUAUGCAACACACAAAUCACAAUGUUCCCAGAGUCAUUAUGUUGAGCUUGUAGGUCCUUUACUCAAAUUUUGAAAAAAAAAAUCUCAAUUUUGUUUCUAUGCUUGUUAAAGUGCUGGACGAAUGAGUGUUAAAUGUAAGCCUAUAUUUAAAUUUUAAACUAAGCUUUUAAGCCAUCAUUCAACACAAUGAUGUCGAACAGAAGGAAAAUAAAUAAUAAAUGAAAAUGUUUAUUUGCAAAAGAUCUCAAUGACUUGUACCUCACUCUUGUCCAGGAGGGCCAGACUGCGGCCGAGUUGGCCACGGAAGCAGGUUAUGAUUACAUCGGCACAUACAUCAACAGUUUCACCCUGGAUCCUGAUGGGAAGAAGCUGACGGAGGCCAGUGCUGCGGCCGAUGAAUAAGUGAUAAACUUUUGUAUCAUUGUUAAAUGAAAUCAUAUCAAAACUUGAUAUUUUGGGAAAUCAAAAGACAAGGAAAGAUAUUGACAAGCAAGCUUACGAGCCUAUGAGAUCAUGGUUUGAUUUACCAUGGACAUUGCUGAUUUGUGCAAAUAUUCCUUUAAAAA